AGCAGAGGAGAAUGGAGUUCAGGUCUUUUACAUGAAGAGUAAAUAUUAGAGAAGUAGAAAUGUUGGGAAAUUCCUUCCUGGAUACAAAAACUGCAGCCACCCAUUAAAAAGCUAUAAAUGUGACAAAGCUGUUCAAACACACUUAAACCUCAGAGAGUGCUAAGGAGGAAUUGAGAGAAGAACUGAGAUCAGUUUAAAACCCCCCAAAAAACAUCAAGAUGAUGCUGGGAACAUCAAGACCCUGCAGCUUCCUUUGUCCAGGUUUGUUUUUUCAUUUCUGAUAAUAUGUUUAAUUCUCUUCCCAAAAUCAGGACAAGCAUGCAAAGUGGUGCUGAUUAGCUGGCAUUUCAUCCAGGGCUUGUAAGAGCAAUACUGGGAAUACACAAAGCUUGGGGCCAGGGCACACUAAGAAUGGUCUUGUGGCACGUUUGCCCUUACAUCCAGACACCCCAGAUGUUGAACUCCGUCUCUGUCAGCUCUCUGCCAGCCUGGCCAGUCACCUCAUGAAAGCUGUAGUCCAGUAAUAUCUGGAGGGCAAGAGGCUCGCAACCUUGGCCCAACCAAUUUUAAGAUCAUCUAAGGAUGCCCCACUUAAAAUGCUUCCAGGUUCUGAAAUGCGCUACAGGUUGUCCCAUUCUCCUCAUGCACGAUCCUUUGCAGAAGAGGCAGCUAAGCUCACUUUUGUUUUCUGAGCCUCCUGAGCAUUAUUGUUAAGGCUUGACUAUUGAGAUGGGUAUUUGCUGCUGGAUGAGGUGACUGCUUCAAGUGUCAGGAUCUACAGGGGCAGCCAAUCUGUCCUCUGAGGAAUGUAUUGCCUGCUGCUGCAUGCUCCUUGGAGACCUCCUUUACAGCCCUCCACCAAUAGGGAGAAAUUUAUAAUUCUGUCUUUUUUUUUUUUUUAGCAGCCUCCCUGGGACCUCUCUCAAGAAAAUUAUAUUUUUCUCCUCAAUGCGAAGCCUUCUUUUAAAAUUAGUUUGUAAUAUUCUAUCUCUGAGAGCUACAGAGUUCAGACAUACUAAAAGGUCACCUAGCCAUUUAUUCGCCUUUGCUAUAGUAGAAUUGACUCUAAAGAUUUUAUCAAUCUUUCUGCCCACUUUCAUGAGUGAUGUAAUCAAGUAGAAAUUAAACUCAUGUAGUCCAAAUGUGACUGCCUAUGUGGCUAUCUCUUUAGCUAUCUACACUACAUAAAUGCUAAGGUAGUUUAUUUCUUUUAUCUUUUGCUUCAGGUGUCUGGAUUUUGACCAUAGUUUUGGCCAGAGCUGGAGAAGUUCAAGCAGAUUCUUCUGGUAUUCCCGGUCCACCUGGUCGACCUGGUUUUCCUGGUCCUCGUGGUCCACCUGGUCCUCCUGGUCUUCCUGGUCUUCCUGGUCCUCCUGGUUUUCCUGGUGUUCCUGGUUUCAUUGGUCCUCCUGGUCCUCCUGGUCCUAUAGGUGCUCCCGGACCACAGGGGGCACCAGGUAUGAUCUCUAGCUUAAUUCUCAGCAAAUUUUUUACUACUAGUACUACUACUAAUACCUUUAUUGUCAAUGUACAACCUGUGUACAAUGAAAUUAACCGAGCUUUCCUCCCCACAAACACUCAAUCUCAUUGCACUCUGUGUGCUUGUCGCACAACACACCAACCCCGAAAGUCAGUUGCACUACAUUAUUUUCCAUUCAGCAGCCUAACAGCCCACGGACAGAAACUGUUUUUUAACCUGUUGGUACGACUGAUUAUACUUCUAUAUCUCCUGCUCGAGGGUGGAAGAUUAAAGAGGUGCUGUCCGGGGUGUGAAUCGUCCCUGAGAAUUUUUCUCGCUCUCCUAAGGCAAUGAUCCUUUGCGAUGUCAUCUAGCGGGCUCAAGGGACAGCCCAUGAUACUACACUUUGCAUGGAAGACAGAACACUUUAGAAACCAAGCAACAGAAAUCAAGUUCUUGGUUAUGUUUACCAAAUAAACAAAGCAGGUGCUGGGUUUAAUCCUGGAUUGCAGAUAGAAACAGCUUUGGUCACCCUGUUGGUCACCUGUUUUAGGGAGAGGGACUGGGAGGAGAGUCAGUGUCAGGAGUGAGCCAGCAGUAAAUCACACUGUUCAAGUUAGAGUUAAGUAUUAGCAAAAGCACAAUCUGCACAGACUUGGUGGAAUGUUAGACCUAAUGAGCACCACAACCCAUCCCCAGUAGGUCCUUCCCCAUGAAGCUGUUGCUGAGACUGAAAGUCUCUGCCUAUCCACAGCUACCUAAGUCCCUUCCUCUCCAGGAUUCCCCCCCCCCCAAAGCAAUCAGAGACUGUGCUUGCAUGUUGUCAGUCUCUCCUCUUCCCUUUUCAUGCCUCUUCUGGUUCUGGGAGACAAGUGGGGAAGCAGAGCUUUUAGCAGUGGGGGGGGGGGGAGCCCAUUGAGUUUAAUGGUGCAUGCCACUGCCAAAGUCGUUUUUCCUGGAACCCCACCCCUUUCCCAUCCCGUUUUAAUUUUUACUUGCAAUAUACAGUUGCUAUUUGUUUUCAUAUUCUUUUUAGGAAAUUUUGCGGAACGUUGUUGUAUUUUUUAAAUUGUUUUUUAGUACACCACUUGGAGAGAUUUCACUAUAUCAAAUGGUAUAAUUUUUAUGAUUAUAUAAAACCAAAGAAGGUCAAAAUAUGGUAAGAAACAGCUACAAAUUUUAGUAACUGCAAUAUUGUGUUGUUGCUGCUUUUUUAAAAAAGUAUAGUAAGGGAGCCGAGUUCUGUUCAGGUUUCUGAACACCUGAAUGUCUAAACUCCAGUUCAGUUCUGGUUCAGCCACUAAUCUGAACUAUUUUUCAGCCUGCUGAAAUGCAUUUCAUAUAACUGACCACACAGAAGGCAAGCUACCAGCAAUCAUCAGGUCUACCAAAUGCCCGAAACAUCCCUUUUUUUGCUAUUCAAGGAAAGUAGCUAAAAAUCAAGUGGUUUACUGAGAGACUGGUGGGCCAUAUUUUGUUUUGCACAGGGUUAAUAUCCUAAACAUUAACAAUUUACUAACAAUUAACAAUUCUAUAAUAUUAAGAUAAUGCUAAAUAUGUAGCUUGAAAAUUAUUUUUUUUCCAGUACAAAUCCUCAUCACAUCCUCUAUAAGGCCAUCAAAGUCCAAAAAUUAGUGUAUUAAAGGUAAAGGUAAAGGGACCCCUGAGCAUUAGGUCCAGUCGUGACCGACUCUGGGGUUGCGGCGCUCAUCUUGCUUUAUUGGCCAAGGGAGCCUGUGUACAGCUUCCGGGUCAUGUGGCCAGCAUGACUAAGCCGCUUCUGGUGAACCAGAGCAGCGCACGGAAACGCCGUUUACCUUCCUGCCAGAGCGGUACCUAUUUAUCUACUUGCACUUGAUGUGCUUUCGAACUGCUAGGUUGGCAGGAGAUAAUUACAAUAAUUAGUGUAUUAAUUGGUAGUUAUUGCUGUCCCACUUCAUCAAUAAUGCUCAAAACAGCUUAUGGCAUUAACAUUUUGCACUGGGAAUUUCAGGGAGAGUAAGUGUGGUUGACACUGAAGGUAUUCUGUGCAUGAGCCUACAGAGCAGCUGGUUUGGGGUACCUGCUGUGUUGCUAAGGCUAUGCAGGUGCAGAACCCUGUUUUACCUUCCCAGCUGGCCAAGACCUUUGUGGGGAAAUGUUGCUCGAUUCAUAAUACAACUAAGCACUGCAAGCUGAACAAAUUUGAAUUCCAAACCAGGAAAUCAAAACCUUUGGCAACAUCUUAGUGCCACAACAGCAGGAGAUGGAUAAACGUGAAUAUCCAAACAACUUUUUCUCCCUUCUCUAUUCUCCCACUACUUUUCCUCUGUAAAAUCACCCCUCACUCCAGUGCAUUGGUAGAGGAAAAAUCAGGCAUGAGUGUUGCAAUACCUAAUGCCGUUUAAUCCUAUAUACAUCAUUUUAUCUGUUUGCCAUCUUCCCACAUUUAAAGCCAUGCUCAUUACAAGCCAUUACAAACAUAGCAAAAGUGGUCAUAAACAAUAAAUAAAACACAUCAAAAAGCACACAAUGGAAUAAAAAUAUUUCCACAUAAGUCAUUAUAAUACAGAUAAAGAUACAAAACAACAACAACAAAAAAAAAACCACACCAAUGACAGCAACACCAACUUCACAACAAUGCCCUCCUUAAACAAUACGUCAAGCGUCUGGUCAGCAGUCUCCGCUUUUGUAGCUGGAGUCAGUCAGGGUCCUGCCCUCCCAGGCCAGGUGGAAAAAGGCCUGCAAGGCAGAGAGCAGGUCUUCCAGGACUCAAAGCCAAGAUGGUUUAUACCAGAUGUUGAUGAACUACAGCUCCAUCAUUCCUGACUACUGAACAUGCUGGCUGGGACUGAUAGCAAUUGGGGGUCCAACAUUUGGGGGGCAGCAGGAAUCCCAUUUCAGCUCUAGAGAUUCUGAGAAAGAAAUUAUUUCUAUUUGCAUGACAACUUCAAUGCACUGCUAACUUCUUUUUUUAACAGCCAAAGCUGGGUACCUGCCAUUCAAACACUGCUUUUGUGCCUGGGCCCUAUGAGUGGUUGGAAGAGUCUGUACCCAAACAGCUGCAGGCUAUUUUGAUUUGAGACAGACAUCUUUCACUGCUUUUUCUGCUAAAUUGUUCCCCCCCCCUCUCUCUUCAAUUUUUAAAAAGGUUUGCCAGGGACUCCAGAAUUGAUAUGCCCUCAUGGAUUGCCAGCAGCUGAUGGUCAACCAGGCCUAAGAGCACCACCAAAAUCUGCAUUUUCUGCAAAAGUGGGCAAAAGCUAUCCAGCACCUAAUCAGCCCAUAGGAUUUCAAAAUAUUCUAUACAAUGAGCAGCAAGUCUUUGAUGAGUCAUCUGGCAUAUUCACCUGCCAAAUCCCAGGAGUAUAUUAUUGCACCUACAACCUGGAGGGACACCAGAAUUCACAUAUGAUCCUGGCAAGGAAUGGUACAGAGGUGAAAGCAUCUGAUCAGAUUACCUCGGAUGCUUAUGAAAACCUGCCGCAAAGUGCAAUCCUUAAAUUAGAGAAAGGAGAUAGGGUGUGGUUGGAUGCAAAAAAGGCUCAUGAUGGGAUAACAGAAGGAAGCUAUUUUUUGUGCUAUCUCAUAUAUGACUCUUAGAUUAUGCAGUACUCUGGAUCCAAAUGGCUCGCGUCAAAAUUUGUCCUGCAAACAUUUGGCUAGAUGGUUUUUUCUGAUUUGCAAGAAGUACACCUAAUCUAUAAUAGGUACACUUAGGCAUGGGGAAGAAUUCUAAAUGGGAAGCUAGGAAGUGGGACUCAUUGGACAUCUGAGUAAACAUGCCUAGGAUGCAGUUGGGUUCUGGCACACCAAUGGCUCAGAAGCAUUGUUUUACAAUUUUCAUAGAAACAUGAAAGCAGAACAUGAAGUGUGCAUUGAUUUCCAUGAAGUUUAUUAGAAGGCUACUGCUUCUAUAUUUACGAAUCAAAAGGAUGUGCUUCACAUUGUUUCCACAUCAGCAUAAGUGCAUGCAUGUAAUCAUUUGUUUAAAAUUAAACGUUGUGUCAUAAAAAAA